ACAGAAGCAGAUCGAACUCGUUCACACUUUAGGAGGAGCACAUCAGCACUUUUUUCUCUCAAUCUCUGGAUCAAAUUGGAUUUUCAACAACCUCACUGGAGUUUGUUCCUGUCGAGUCGUUAAAACCUGCUGAGGGGAGAAGCAGCAAGUCCUGAAUUCAGAAAGUACGACGAAGGGAAGGCGGUCACCUUCAGACCGCAGCUGGCCCUGCACUUACUGCUCGAGCUCUUUAUGUGACUAAAAUUGACAUCUUUUGUGACCGUUUCUACUUCCCGACUGAUCCUGCUGACUCACCCCGCCAACGCACACUCAUUCCUAAUGAGCUGAUCAGUGACUCAGAAGUGUGACAGUGCAGACAGAGGACUGAACGUGAAUUUAAAGGAGAUGAACGAGUGAUAUUGGUACGUUUUUGGACACACUCCUUGUGGCCUCACGUAUCUUUCAGUCACUUUAAACUGAACAAGUUUUAAUAGAUGGUUCCACCCGCUAACGAUGCAGCUAAUCUGUAGCCCACAGCUAAUCAUGAUGGACAGACGAGUGGGAGAUGGGUAAUAAAUAGUCUGAUUUGGUGCUUUGUGUACUCGGGUUUUUGCCUUUCGGGGACUUUGACUCAAUUUCAACAGCCAAACAAGGUUCGUGUGAAAUAUCUGCUAGCAAAGAAGCUAAUCUGUAGCCACAAGCUGCAGCUUCCCACAAGGAUUAAAUCUUCCUGCCUGUUAGCUUACAGCGACUUGCCAGGCCUCUGCAGUGAGAGCUGUCUGCAGAGACUGUGGCUGAUUCUUCUUGUUUUCUUGUCCCAGAAUCAGUGAACUACAUGCCAGCUGGGGCAGUUAGCAAUGCAGGUCAAUAGUUCCUGCCUGCCUUCGUGUUAAGCGACAUGCUUUUGUCAGCUGAAGCCUCUCUGAACCCUUAUUGACUGAGCAGAUACACAGCACAUGUGCAAAUGUUUGAAAUUAGACAGCACUGAGUUUGAAGCCUGAUGACAACCUACUGGAUCCCCGUCAAUGCUGAGUUUGCAGGCCAGCUUUAGCCACAGAAGUUAAUAUUACUGACUGGGCAGCUAAUGUAACUCGCUGUAUAUUAUUUCCAUUUCACAAUAAUUCUGCAAGUUUCUUUAUUAAUCGUGAAGCUGGUUCUUUUAUCUCACCAGCAGCUAAAAUCCCACAAGUGUUAAUGACACCAUCAUAUAUGACAGCAAAAAGCUCUACCCAGCUCUGCUUUAAAGGAGUCCAAUGAUUAACCGAUUAUCAGGUGUUUCUCUAGAUACAAGUUCAAGUUCAGCUCUUUGAUACUGAUCUAAAUAAAUAGGUCACACUACAAACAUAGAGACUCACUGGUGGAGUCCUGAGUGAUGAAGUCAAGCAACAGAAAAAAUAAAAUUUGAGAAACCCAGGCUGAUUGUAAUUCUGAUUAAAAAUGAAGCAUGUAGAAAUGUAUGUAAAAGGUAAUUCUACAUGUUAAAUAUAACUCUAAUUAUAGUUUGUUUGUUCCAGCGGGGAGGAAGUCCUUCCUUCUGUAAAUAUUUCAGCCUUUUUUUAAGAUUAUAGGAAUUUGACUUAAGAAUAAUUAAAAUUCAAAGCUCGACUAGUGUUCAUCAUGAUGGUGUGCUUUAAUCAGAUUCAGUAUAUGUGUCCUAAAAUUCUGUGUUUUCCACACAGACAAUCAUUCUAGCAGUGCUGCAGGAGAACUAACUUAACUUCACAGCCUUUUUUUCCAAUGGAAACUUUGUCACAUUUGUUCGGAACACUCAAAAAAUACACCUCAGCUUCACUUUCUGAGUCACCGCCUUCAUUAGAGUCUCGCUGACUUACUGUCUGCCGAUCUGACUGACAAACUGACUCUCACAGCGUGCUUUUGGCAGAUAAGACGGCAUUCAUCAACAGAAAGACGUGACACCGGCUGACUUCCUAACAGAGAAACAGAUUCGCUGGAAAAACACCCGGCACCCUUGCCUGCGCCUCCCUCUCCAAGGGCACGCAGCAGGGAAACAGAUCCGUGUGCACCGCCAAUCAGCACCUCCAGGGAAACCAUGGAAACCGCUGGAUGUAAACUCAUUUCCUCUGUGCACAGCCUCCAGGAAAACCAUUCCUUAUAGGAGCGUUGUCCCCUGACCUGCAGCUUUUUUAGGAAGUGGAACUUAUGUUUUGAAAGGAAAUAAUCCACAAUCACUGUUUUAGAGAAAAUCAGUUUAACAGGUAAAUAUCUGCCUUUUUCUCCAAAGGUGUGUUGAUUCAGAAACAGCUGGUUGAUUCCUCAGAUGAUUGUUGAUGAGUGACAGAUGCGAUGAGACUGCAGCCGCCAUGCUGGAGUGAAACAGGAGGAUUUGAGAGGAAGCUCACAGUGGGAAAGAUGAAAGUUCUCCAACAUGGAGAGAGAGUUGACAGGCAGGUGUGUGUGUGCGUGUGUGGCACUAACACCUGACAUGGAGAUGACAGGUUAGUGAUGUCAUCACAAGGAUUUUGGGGAAACAGAAGGCAGGUGAAUCAACAGCUCACUGGGAUGUUCAGCGUGCCGGCCGUCUGCGACCUUUGCCCUCUGUUCUGCCUGCGCUCCUCCGGGACUUGGACACCUCUCCGCAGUGUGGAGGGCGACUCUCAGUGUCCAGAGGCACUCACCUUUUCUGAUUCAUCCUUUGGCCAUCCACCUCCCUUCCAUCGCUAUAGCAACAGCCCCCUCUCCAGCCCCUGUGACCCCUACGGCUCUCCCUCCUCCAGUGGGCCCCUGGGAGCCUCCCACACACAUACACAGGGAAGCUCACCCAUCUCGCCCCCCAGCCCAGCGAGUCUCGCCUGGGCUCAGCGCAGCCGACACCAGCCGGCCAGCCUGGCGCUCCGCAAGCAAGAGGAGGAGGAGAGCAAACGCUGCAAGGCUCUAUCUGACAGCUAUGAGCUCUCUACAGACCUCCAGGACAAGAAGGUGGAGAUGCUGGAGAGGAAGUACGGGGGCCCGUUUGUGUCCCGGCGGGCAGCGAAGACGAUCCAGACGGCGUUCAGGCAGUAUCGCAUGAACAAGAACUUUGAGAGGCUUCGCAGCUCCGCCUCAGAGAGCAGGAUGACCCGCCGCAUCAUCCUGUCCAACAUGAGGAUGCAGUACUCAUUUGAUGAGCGUCAACCACAGGGUCAGGGACCACCAGGUCAGCAAGGUUCAGAGGACGCAGGAGAUGUGGACGACUCCUUCUCUAAGCAGGUUAAGUCCUUGGCAGACUCCAUGGACGACUCCCUCACCUGCCAGUCCGGCCGUGAAGACUCGCAGGAAGCGGGAGGAGAUGGAGAGGAGGACGAUGAUGAGGACGAGGAGGAGGGCGAUGAGGAGGAAGAAGAGGAGGAGGAAGAAGGGGAAGAGGACGAGGAGGAAGACGAGGAGGAAGACUACAGACAGUGUGCGUGGCGCAACAGCACGACAUCUUCCCGACGUGCUGCGGGCCGGACGGGGGGAGGAGGGGGGAGGGCGGGGGCAGGAGGAGGUGCCUCCAUGCACGAGGACAGCACCGCUACCUCCUUCAGUGAUGUCACCCUGUACAUGGAUGAAGGCUGCCUCCCCUCCUCGCCGCUGUCCCGUCCCGCCUCCAGCUCCGAUACAGAGUACUGGGGAGGAGGGGGAGGAGGAAGUGCAGGGGGGAGAGAAGACAGCAGGGAGACAGAGGGAGGCAGCAACACCAGCCGGAGGAGCAGCACCCCCUGCACAGAGUGUCGGGGCGAGUACAGAGGCAGGGGUGGAGGAGGAGGACAUCUCCCCGUCCUGACCAUCGAACCGCCCAGCGACAGCUCAGUGGACAUGAGCGACAGGUCAGAGCGAGGGUCUAUCGGACGCCUGGUGUACGAACAGGAGCCGUCAGGAGUCGAGCGGGGAGGAAGUGGGGAGAGGGAUAGGAGGGGGGGAGGAGUGGAAGGUGAAAGCGGAGAAGAUGAGCGAGGAGGAGGAGGUGGAGGAAGCAGCGAAGCCGAAUCUCCGCAGGGAACCAUCAAACACAAACCCAACGGUCGCUCGGUCGCCACGGCGCAGGGACAGACUCGCAGCCCCUCCAACGUCCCCCUGCCGAUGCCUUCGGCCCGCACCCUGCCCUCGCACCCGCUCCCUCACCCACUCCAGCACCCCCACCCUCACCCCCACCCUCACCCUUCACCCAUCCCCCACCUCCCCACCAUCCUCGACCACCACCCUCAGUACACCCAGCAUCACAUGAUGCACAUGCACCACGGACACGGUGGCAGUCCUUACAUGCAGCACGCUCACCACUUCGCCCAGCACCACUACCACCACCUGCACCAUCAACACCACCACCUCCCUCACGCUUACCCCGAACCUCCUUCUUCCCCGCUGCCAUCUCCCGUACCGCCCCUCACACCUCUCUCCCCCCUGCCGCCGCCGCUGACGCCCUCACCGCUGUCCUCGUCCUCCUCUGCGCUCCAAAGCAUGGAGGCGCAGCAGCACCACGCUCACCACCCCCACCUCCACCACCACCACCUGCUCUGCUCUGACGGAGACAACGAGAGCGUCAACUCCACCACCACCAACUCCAACGAUGACACAACGGUCAACAACUGCAGCUCCGGCUCCUCGUCCCGCGACAGCCUCCGGGAGCCAAUCGGAGGAGCUGCGCUGGGAAAGCAGACCUAUCAGAGGGAGAGCCGUCACAGCUGGGACUCGCCUGCGUUCAACAAUGAUGUGGUGCAGCGGCGGCAGUACCGCAUUGGACUCAACUUAUUCAACAAGAAGCCGGAGAAGGGGAUCCAGUACCUGAUCGAGAGGGGGUUUGUGUCAGACACGCCAGUGGGCAUUGCCCGGUUCAUCCUGGAGAGGAAAGGCCUGAGCAGGCAGAUGAUCGGAGAGUUUCUGGGAAGCCGGCAGCAGUUCAACAAAGACGUCCUUGACUGUGUCCUGGAUGAGAUGGAUUUCUCAGGGAUGGAUCUGGACGACGCUCUGAGGAAGUUCCAAGCUCAGAUUAAAGUUCAGGGUGAAGCCCAGCGGGUGGAGCGGCUGGUGGAGGCCUUCAGUCAGCGAUACUGCGUUUGUAACCCGGUGCUGAUCCGGCAGUUCCAGAAUCCAGACACCAUCUUUAUCCUGGCCUUUGCCAUCAUCCUCCUCAACACAGACAUGUACAGCCCCAACGUGAAGCCGGAGAGGAAGAUGAAGCUCGAGGACUUCAUUAAGAACCUGCGUGGUGUCGAUAAUGGUCAAGACAUUCCCCGGGACCUGCUGGUGGCGAUCUAUGGAAGAAUCCAGAAGUGGGAGCUUAGGACAAACGAUGACCACGUGUCCCAGGUCCAGGCGGUGGAGAGGAUGGUGGUCGGCAAGAAACCUGUGUUGUCGCUGCCUCAUCGCAGGUUGGUAUGCUGCUGUCAGCUGUUCGAGGUUCCCGAUCCAAACAGAGCUCAGAGGAGCGGCGUCCACCAGAGAGAAGUCUUCCUGUUCAACGACCUGCUUAUGGUGACAAAGAUCUUCCAAAAGAAGAAGACUUCUGUGACGUACAGUUUCAGACAAUCGUUUCCUCUGGUCGACAUGCAGGUCCACACUUUCCAAAACACCUAUUAUCCUCACGGUAUCCGGCUGACGUCCGCGAACCCCGGAGGAGAGAGGAAGGUUCUGAUUGUCUUCAACGCUCCGAGCCAGCAGGACCGGGCACGCUUUACCUCUGACCUCCGAGAGAGCAUUGCAGAGGUCCAGGAAAUGGAGAAGUACAGGGUGGAGUCUGAGCUCGAGAAGCAGAAAGGCGUCAUGCGUCCUGGCGUGUUGACAGGGGGAGGACCGGGAGGCAUGGGCACUCAAGGAGGCGGGGCAAACAGCGGUGGAGGAACCUUAAAGAGUGAGGUGGUGAACGGUACCCUGGGAAGGCCGAGCCUCGACGACACGUACGCAACAGUGGACGGACUCAAGCGCACGGCACUCAGCUCGUCGCUCAGAGACCUCUCAGAGACAGGGAAGCGGGGUCGUAGGAACAGUGUGGGGUCACUGGACAGUACCAUCGAAGGUUCCAUUAUUAGCAGCCCCCGGCCUCACCAGCAGCGCCCUCUGCCUGAUGGAGGUCUUUCCUACAGCCCUAUGAUGGUUCCUACAUCUCCAGCAGCCUACCGGCCACACCGCCCUACUCAGAGCCCCGGUACGGGGGUGGGGGGUGGGCCGGGGCUCUGUCACAACCAGGGAGGGGUCACCACCUCCCCACUCGCGAGCGGGGGAGGGGUUGGGGGCGGCGGAGGGAUGCCGGCAGGGGGCGGACCGACUGGCGGAGGCCGACUAGGGAAUUUCUUCGGCAGCCGCAGAGGCAAAGUUCCUGGUCCCCUGACGAUGACCUCACCCCCUCCACAGGGUCCCCCGAGUCCCCUGAUGAUAUCAUCACCCCCCCACUACCCCGCCCCCGCGCCUCCCAUCCCCCACCCAUCCUCCCCUUCCCCAUGCCCCUCCCCAUCGCCCAACCUCGGGCUGUCGGACUCGGGAGGAGUUGGAGGGGGAGGCGGUACGGCAGGGGCACAAUCCAAGCUCCAAGCGUUGCACGCCCAGUAUUGCCACGCCAACAGUGGAGGAGGCGGAGUCAGUGUUACUGGGCACCAGCAGCAGCAGACACCACCCCCACCUUACCAUCACCAUCACCGCUACCACAUGCAGAGCGUCCCGCAGCAUCACGUCCUCUCGCACAGGUUCUCCGCACCCCGACGGCAAGGCCCGUCCGGCUGCGCUCCCUCUCAUACCCAGCAGCAUCAGAGGAUGCAACAUGUCGUCAUUCCGCACCCGCGCUACAACAUGGCGUCAGGCUUCACCACGCCGCCACCGCUGUCCCCGCACUCCCCUGUCACCCCCAUUACCCCACACGGACUCUUCCACUCGCACCCCGCGGCGGGGAGGCCAGGUGGAGGGGCCAAGCUCCCGCUGACCAUCUCGCACUCGCAGCCCCACCCCCACGCUCACACACACUCUCACAACCACGCCGUGCACACACACUCCCCGCUCAGCCCGUCCCCGUCCGCCUCCCCCUCCACCCACUUCAUCUUCUCCACCCCGCCGCCCCAGACUCCCUCAGCACGCCUCGUCACCCAGACGCCUCCGAAGCCAUAUACCCCCCAGUACCCACCGCUUUCGUCCAUCCCGCCUCCCCCGCCGCACUCACCAUUGCCUCCCCCGUCAACCGCCCCGCUCUCCCCGCACCCCCCGGGGGUGGGGGGAGGCCAAGGGGGCGGCCCCAAAUCCAAGCCCGUCAGCCGGAUCAGCACGGUCGUGUGAGGAGGCAGAAGUCUAGGACAGUGGCGCGUCACCCUGCAGUGAGCCGCCGGGGGGUGGUAGUGAGCAGGAGAGGGAGGAGGAGAGGUGGAGGAGGGGGAGGACAAAUGCAGCCGUAUGAAAGCGGACGCCUGGUGAGGAGGAGAACGGUGAGAGCGGGGAAGAGGAAACUUCUCAGCCUGUGUUAUUUCCACAUCCACUUCCCCCGCAGGUAGAAAGACGCACACACACUGACGGAUGCUUCUUACAGGGAGCAGAUCCUCCCAGAAAAAGCUGCUCGCGGAGCGAAAAGCAUCCAGAACGUGAAUCAUGCCGUUUUCAGUCACGUGAAGAUGAAGAAAAAACACCCACAUUGUCCCGAUGUCUUGGUGAAAACGUCCUCAUCUUCCCCCCGUAGUGCCCUUCAGAGGUGAGCUGGGAGGACAUAUUUGUAGUUCUUCAUCGACAGGGGAAGUGUUCGUGCCACAUCGUAGGAAUUUGUGUGCUGUUGUGGAAAAAAACGGUUCAGGGACCAGACGUGAAGGGAACAGUGCCUGAGAAUAUAUAUCCCAAGGAUUACGCCUGACAUAAUGUACAGAGAGCGGAGAACGAAACGAGUCCGGGUCGCGUUUUCCAAAAAACACAGUCGUCUUACACCACCUUGUUUUCCGCACAAAAGCACUCUUGUUUUGGUUGUUGACAUAUUUACAAGCCAUGAGGCGUUACGGACAAGCAGAGGUGGUUAGCGUUAAUAUGGUGCAGUUUCUGUGUCUUAGACAGGCAUGCAUGACCUGUGCAAUAGCUAAUAAGUGUCAGUGUGACUGUGGUUAAACUUCUAUAUGCAGGGGGAGGGAGUUGUUGUGAUUUAAAGCCCCAAUCCAGCAUUUAUUUGGCCAUAAGAAGUGAAGAAUACGGAAGACUUGACCGUCUAGGUGGACAAUAAACUUUCUAAAACCUUUAAAUAAGCCAUCAUAACAAACACUCCAGGUGUCUUUUUACCUUUGCAAAAAUAACUAAAAGCCUUUAGCGUCUGUGGAUUACAGGGUUUCAGCAGGGACUGCUACGCUGUUGUUUUGGAUUGGGACUUUAAAAAAAUUCCCAAUUAUUUCCUCAUGUAACGGGGAUUUAUUUGAUCAUUUGUGCUAAACCUGUGAAUGCUCUCCCUUGUUAUUAAGUAUAUAUGAAAGCAUAAGCCUGAAUUUGUCACAAAUUAUAAUAUACUCUGAUAAUAUAAUACUCCAGCUUUCAGCUGUACUUCAUGCUCCAUGUUGUAUGUGACCCUCUACGUUGCCACAGACGGAGAUUGGGCCCAAAGCUGCCGGACAGGGAAAUGAGAGCUGCGGUACCUAAACGAAGUGAUGUAACUGUUCAGGUUAAGUUAAAUAAGGUGUAACUCUCUCUCUAACUUAUCGAUGGUCAUCUUAACAGAACUGGGUGGGAAAUUAAAGGCUUGAAUUUACUUUACGAAACCAACAUUUUGACGCAAGACUCGUUUAAUAAUUCUGAUAAUCAAUCUUUAUCACAACGUAUCAAAAGUUUAAAAUGUUUCAUUUUUGUUGGUUCCUUUUUGUUUUGGUUCACAGCAGAACGGUGUGAACUAAUGAGGCUUCACUAAAUUAUGUUAAACAUCUUCAGAUAAAGAUCCUUGAAAUCAGGAUUAGGAGACAGAGCCGUAAAGAAAAUAAAUACAAGUGAUUGUCUUUAGAUGCACAGACAGAUAUUAUUUAGAUUAUUUCAGGAGAGUACUUUUUUUUAUUUUAAAUUACUGACAUCCCCUAAACUCAUCACAUGCAGGUGAUCAUAAAGUUAUUGAUUUGAAAAGCUGGCAGCUAUAAACAGACUCAUGAUGUGUGGUUGUGUGUUUAACUGCAUGAGUGAGUGACUGAAGUCAUUUGUCACAACAAACCAAAGACGACAGUGAAACGAAAUUCAAUAAAACACGCCAGGUUUCAUUUGUAAUAAACAAGAUUUAGACAAUCAGACUGGAUUUUUUUAACUAUCAGAACUUCUUCUUGUCCCGCUCUCUUUAUUACAACUCUUUAAAGGCACGUUUAAGGGUUAAGACUUUGCUUUAGAUUUGGCACUUAGCAGAAGAGGAGGCUUGGAAGAAUGCUUCAGUCACACUAGGGCAAAGACACUGUGGCACCACCACUUGUGACCUUGUUGCCUUUGAAGUGGUUGUUUCAAAGAUGGGGGCCAGGUCUCAGACAACUCACGGCUAACUGCCAUCGUCAGAGCAACUUUGGUGCAUCGAGAUAUCGAUAAAAAUGCAAUAUGACGAGUCGGUCUGCUAUCGAUCUGCUGCCAGUCUGUGACUGAAUGAGGCAUUUACAUGCAAUCUGUUUGUGAUCAGUGCAAAUCUGCUGCCAUCGACAGACACAGACGUUCACAUGAAAUCCUUACAUCCACAGUCGAACCUCAUUGAUUUGAAACAGAAAUUCAGAAAUUCCUUCACAAGUAGUGACGUAGUGCUGCAGGGUGACGAUUUCACUCCAGAAUGACACGGGUGUAGGAGCUUAACCAGAAUGCAACCGCCACCAGAGAUGCAGAAUAUGUACGCCUAUCAGCACAGACUGACUCGGACUGAUUAACAUGUCUUUGUACAAGCCUUCACCAGUCAGUCUGAGCCGGACUGCAAUUGUUUGGAGACAGGUGGCCUCCCAUAAGGAGGUUGCGGUCCCAGUUUUAGUCCAGUGUGACAGAGUCAUAGAAUUAAAUAUAGCAACUGAGACUAUAAAGUCCUCAGGUUAGUCUUUACUGAGGUUUCAGACAAGUGGGUCAAAGGGUGUUUUUCCAAUAAACUUGAUACAGCCGGCCUUUGUUUUGUAACCAGACUAGUUGCCCUCUGACUGACUGCCGUCAGAAAUAAAUCGGAUUUAAGGCGCUUCAGCACCUACGCCUGUCUUUCAUAUGUAAUGAGUAGAAAACACUGGUAACAAGGAGCAAGCUUUAUUCAAAUAAAUAAGAACCUACUCAUCCAGAUGAUCUCAGAUUCAUCUCUGCACUUUCUUGGGUUCUCAGCAGUAGUUAGAAACUCUCCAUUAUUUUUACUAAGAUAUAAAACAAUUGAAAAAAUAUGAUAAAUUGAAAAUAAGAGUUAAUUUCCCACCCAGUCCAAACUGCGUUAGCGUGUGAAAAACUUGGAGGGUGAAUCAACUUUAAUCCCAUUUGAUGUGUGGCAAAAUAGAGAAUAAGGUGCCUUCAGACAUAGUGAUGGUACAAUAUAAAUAAUAAUGUUCACAAAAGACCUCCAUGGAAUACAAAGACAGUUCAGCGUCUAAAUCAAUAAUAUAAUGAUUUGUGUCCAUUCAAAACAGCAAAUCGAAGCCAUUUACUGCAUUUUUUAAAAGUCUGGCUGAAGGACUGAGCCGCUCGUCGCCUUGUUCAUCCAACAAAGACACAAAGGAGCCUGAAACCUGGACCGAAUUUCAUUCGAAAGACUCGCUAACAUCUCACAGGACUGAAGUGCAGAACAUGUUUCACUGUCACACCGCACCGAGUGAAAUCUUCUUGAACAAACUCAUUUUUACACAUUUUUGCACUUUGAGUUCAAAUCUACCAUGCCAGUAUUGAAGUGUAUUUCCUUUCCUUUCUUCCUUUAAUCAGUCUCACCGGAUGUCAGGGCAGGAGGCCCGUGAUGGCUGGUAGAAAGUUCUUCCACCACUUGAACGAUUUUACCAGCCAUUUGCAUUUUUUGACUAGAAAUGAAACUUUCAGUGUUGGUUGCUAGUCAGCCUCAUAUAAAUAUUUGCCAGAGUUUAACUGGUGGAUGAUGGGAAAUUCCUCUGAAUGCAAACAUUAACGACAUAUUUUUAGUCUCCCUGUGAUGACGUGAAUGCACCAACUGUAGAUAUUAACUGUACAGUGUGUUCUAUUUUCAGUGGGGCCAACAGCAUCAAUCUGUAACUGAGGUUCAGAAUUGCUUGACUUAACAAAACGUGUGCUCUAAAAACCAAAGUUCAUCUGGGUUCUUCAGGCUAUUCGGGCUUCUUAGUGAGAACAGUAAAGUCCUUAGUGUGCGAGGUUUGUGGGAAUACCGUCACAUAUUGGAAUCGUUUGACGGCGUUCCUCAGGGAACCAUCUUGGGUUCACUGUUGUUUUCAAUCUGAAGAACCCCUUUGACUUUUUAGAGUGUGCUACUGAUAUUAUUAUCAAUAUUGUUGUGUGGCAAGCUUCUACUAACAUACUGUACUCCUUGGGCUGUUUUGUAUUUUUAGCAUUUUUAAUUUUGUUAUGUGCUUAUAAUGUGAGAUUUUUUUUCUUUUCUGAUUUGGGCAUCUUAUGGAAGUAUUCAAUCCUUUUUCAUUUUAAUAUAUUUUAAAAAAAAAAAAAACAAUAAUGAUUUUCUGUAACUGACAUACAAGUUCUUCUAAUAUUUUGAUUAUAGACUGUGAUAAUUACUUUGACUCAACCCACAGCAUGCUCAAGCAAACACACGCCUGCACACCUCUGAAUCAUCACAAAGCCUCUCUUCACCCUUUUAAUGGAAACAAGCAACACCUCUGCUAUCAAACAACAUUGAAAUUAACACUUCAUGUUGAGCUGCUAAGAAUUUUUGGACCGUAGGGCCAUAGCAUGCAUCUACAAUCACCUGCAGAAAGACUUUGUCUCUUUCUAAAGGCCUUACAGUAACCACGUCGACUCCAGACUAAAGCGGCAAACACCACAGAAACAUCAAAACAAAGUUCUCGAGGAGCACUGGAUCAAACCUACCUCGUAAGGGAAUACACAGCAUUUCACUCAGUCUCAGUGCAUGCCCAAGCACAUCCUCAGUAAACAUCCCAUCUUAAAGUUCCAUACCCCUCAUUUGCAUGGUUAUGAACUUCAAACCGUAUUUACUUUGUGUUACGGCGCUACCAUGUUGAGAUUUGUUACCUUCCUAUGUCCACUGUUCAGUUUAAGUUUCACUUGCAGAGAACUUGACACUUGCUGCAGAUAAAUCAUCCAUCACUGGUAACAUCUAAUAAGGAUCUAAGUCAGAGGUGUUAAAUGUAAGGCCCAGGGGCCAGACCAUUCACACUAUACCAGAGUAAUUACAUAAAAGAAACAGAGAAAUGAUUGUAAAGUUCCUGUUUUUUCACUUUCUGCUAUAGAAAUUUCAGUUGUUUGUUUGGGUUUGUUUUACAACAGGUCCACAGUAAAAAAUAAAUAAAUUUUAAAAAGUAUAUAUAUAUAUAUAUAUAUAUGCUACAGGCUGAUUACUGUCUAUUCGCCCCAUGGCAGGCAUGACUGGAAACAGCCUAUAAUAGUUACACUGCUGGACAGCUGUGUCAAACUUCACCUGCUAACAUGCACGUGUCAGAUUAGAUUUCUCUCGUGUUUCUAGGAAUGCUAGAUUUUGCCUGUACUGCCUUAAACUGUGUGCUUUCUAAAUUCUUUCUAAAUUGCCACUUGGUCAUCAAAACUGUGAGAACCCCUGAUUUAGUCUUUGUAGACCAAAACAGUAACCGGUGACAUAUAAACGUCCUGGCUUCCUGGCGAGCUGUUGCCCACCAUGUGCCAAGUGUCUGUGGGUUAGGGUUAGGCCAAAAUCUGCUUCUUCGUGUUUCAAGGCCACUUUUUUUUUAGUUCUUGGAUUGCUUUGCUACCAUUGGAGGUCGGUGCAACACUUUUGUGAGGUCGCUGUCAAUUCUUACACGCAAGAGAUAAGAACAAAAAUCACUGUGGUUGAUUAGUUAUCUGCAGCAGGAGUCAAGUGUCUGUGAAGACAUGAACUUGCAGUCUGGGAGGACACAAAUCUGCUUAAAUUGUGUCGGGACUCUUGUGAAAGUAAUUUACAGUAUAUCCAGUUUAAGAACAUGCAGAAAAAAAGCAGGUAUGGUCCUUUAAACGCUUAAAUUAGGUCUUUUUCUCCUGCCCGGGUCUGCUCUCCACUAUCGGUUUGCAUGUGGUAUUUAUUACAGUAUCUGCACUGAAUGAAACUGUAUUAUAACAUGAAUGUACAUAGCAGCCGUUAAAUGAAAAUAACAUUGCGAGUACUCACUUUGCUCAGUUUGUCUGUGGCUGGGUUUACAUCGGGAAUGGAAGGUCUGAUGUUUUUUAAACACCUGGAGAAACAGAUCUGGUCUGACUGCAGCAGGCAAAACAGGGAACAUUUUUCAAGAUUCAAAGCACAUCAGAUCUGCUUCAAGUACAGUUAAAAAAUGUUGGAUGAUUCUGUUCCUGUGUAAAGACAGUCUGUGUUGUGUGCAUCUAUACAAUGGCAUUGGACGGGGGGCGUGUCCAAGCUGCUGGACCGCUUUCUGGAGAGGACAUAUUUCUUGUUUAUAAUGUAGAGCAAAGAGAGACUGGAAUAGUCCUUGUAAAAUUGUACGAGUAAAGUGUCAAAUAUGUGUCAACAGAGACGACAUUAUUUUAAAAAUUACGUAUGGAAAAUUUUAGCUGUGUAUAUAAAUAUAUAUUACUUGUACUUUGUUUUUGAAAUUGCAGAGAAAUGGAAGAAGUGGAAAUAUUUAUUGCUCUAAAGAUAUAAAAAUCUGUUCA